GUAAGACAUGCUUCCCAUUCGCAUUUACUUGAAUAGCUAGCUGUUACCUAAUUGACAUGAAGAGCUACGUCCGUCUCGGAACUUGACCACGGUUUGCUGACAACCUAAGCGCCACCCUCCUUCUAGCGGCUAGUGCGUCUUCGGAUUAUCUGCAGUGUGGUCGUUAGCUAUGUAUGUAUUUUCUCACUGUUGCUAAUGUGGCAGCAUUCUCCAUUUACGAACAUCAACGAACUGGUGGAUGUAUACGGAUUUCUCAUUUCGGAUCAUUUAAGUUGGAAAUAGCACUAUUUGGUUGCCGUCGUCAGACAGGUGCAGCAGAAAAGAAGCUGCUUGUGCCAGGUGUGAAGGAUGCGGCAGUGAAGAUGCUCGCCAUGAUGAUGGUGACGACGGCCGUGGCCGGGGCCGAGGCCUCCAACGCCUCCUCCAAGGACUACUGCUACAAGGCCCGCAUCCGCAGCACCGUCCUGCAGGGCCUGCCCUUCGGCGGCGUGCCCACCGUCCUUGCCCUCGACUUCAUGUGCUUCCUGGUGCUGCUGUUUGUGUUCUCCAUCCUGCGGAAGGUGGCCUGGGACUACGGCCGCCUGGCACUGGUGACCGACGCCGACAGACACAAGGGACGGUUCAGCGGCCUUGAAGAGCGAGAAUACGUGGCGUCGGUGAUGCACUCCGACACGCCGGAGCGCUACGAGCGCCUCACCUCCGUCUCCAGUUCCGUGGACUUCGAGCAGAGAGACUACGGCUUCUGUUCCUGGUUGACGGCGAUCUUCAGGAUAAAGGAUGAGGAGAUUCGGGAGAAGUGUGGGGAGGACGCUGUGCACUACCUGUCCUUCCAGCGCCACAUCAUCGGCCUGCUGGUGGUGGUGGGCGUGCUCUCCGUGGGGAUCGUCCUGCCCGUCAACUUCUCCGGAAAUCUGCUGGAAAAUAAUGCAUACAGCUUUGGGAGAACCACUAUAGCCAACCUGAAAUCUGGAGACAACCUGCUGUGGCUGCACACCACCUUCGCGUUCAUCUACCUGUUACUGACCGUCUACAGCAUGAGGAGACACACCUCAAAAAUGCACUACAAAGAGGACGACCUGGUGAAGCGCACUUUAUUUAUCAAUGGGAUCUCCAAGUACGCCGAAGAGAACCAAAUUAAGCAACAUUUUGAACAGGCCUAUACGAACUGCGUGGUCCUGGAGGCUCGCAUCUGUUACGACGUGGCCAAGCUGAUGUCGCUGACCGCAGAGAGGAAGAAGACAGAGCGCAGUAAGAAGUUCUUCACGGACCUGAUGACGAGGGAGCACAUACCCACCAUGAUCAACCCCAAACCCUGCGGCCACCUCUGCUGCUGCGUCAUCAAGGGCUGCGAGCAGGAGGAGGCGGUGAGUUACUACACUAAGCUGGAGGCUAGUCUGAAGGAGGAGUACAGGAAGGAGAAGGAGAAGGUCAACACCAAGCCGCUGGGCAUGGCUUUCGUCACCUUCCAGAACGAGGCCAUGACCUCCAUAAUCCUGAAGGACUUCAACGCCUGCCGGUGCCAGGGGUGCAGCUGCCGGCCCUCGCCCAAAUCCUCCCCCCUCAGCGACAUCCUGCACGUGUGCUUCUGGAGCGUGUCCUACGCCCCCGACCCGCAGAACGUGUACUGGGAACACUUGUCUGUGGGAGGUGUCUCCUGGUGGCUGCGCUGCUUCGUCAUCAACUGCAUCCUCUUCCUCCUGCUCUUCUUCCUCACCACCCCCGCCAUCAUCAUCUCCACCAUGGACAAGUUCAACGUCACCAAGCCAGUGGAGUACCUGAAUAAUCCCAUCGUCACGCAGUUCUUCCCCACCCUCCUGCUGUGGUCCUUCUCCGCCCUGCUGCCCACCAUCGUGUACUACUCUGCCUUCUUCGAGGCCCACUGGACCCGGUCAGGGGAGAACAGGACCACCAUGCACAAGUGCUACACCUUCCUCAUCUUCAUGGUCCUGUUACUGCCCUCCCUCGGACUGAGCAGCUUGGACGUUUUCUUCCGUUGGCUGUUUGACAAGAAGUUCCUGGCCGAUGCCGCCAUCAGAUUUGAAUGCGUCUUCCUCCCAGACAACGGCGCCUUCUUCGUGAACUAUGUCAUCGCCUCGGCCUUCAUCGGAAACGCCAUGGACCUUCUGCGCAUCCCGGGCCUGCUGAUGUACAUGAUCCGUCUGUGCCUGGCCCGCUCCGUCGCCGAGAGGCGCAACGUCAAACGCCACCAGGCGUAUGAGUUCCAGUUUGGCGCUGCUUACGCCUGGAUGAUGUGCGUCUUCACCGUGGUCAUGACCUACAGCAUCACCUGCCCCAUCAUCGUCCCCUUCGGUCUGAUGUACAUGCUGCUCAAGCACCUGGUGGACAGGUACAACAUGUACUAUGCCUACCUGCCCACCAAGCUGGACAAGAAGAUCCACUCGGGCGCCGUCAACCAGGUGGUGGCAGCUCCCAUCCUCUGCCUGUUCUGGCUCCUCUUCUUCUCCACCGUACGCACAGACUUCUUGGCUCCGACGUCCAUGUUCACCUUCGUGGUUCUCGUCAUCACCAUCGUCGUGUGCCUGUCUCAUGUCUGUUUCGGCCACUUCAAGUACCUCAGCGCUCACAACUACAAGAUCGACACCCAGAAUGUGGACGGACUGAUGGAAAAUGGCGGUGCGGUGCGCACCCCUGCCUCAAACAAACCUAUGUACAUCGCCCAGGUGCUGCAGGACCCCAACUCGGACGAGAUGGGAACGGGCAGCGGGGAAGACGACAGCCAGGGGUCCUCACAAGACGAGGAGAUGAUCAACACAGGGAGCAUCAACGAGGCCGACUUCCAGUCUGGCGAGGACAGCCUAAUCGCCAACGAGGUCCGGCAAUAGCGACCAAACCCCCCCCAACCCCCACCCC